AUGAUAGAAAAAGAAUUACAACAAAAUCAAGUCAAAUUUUUAGAUUCAAAUACUUCUUCAAUUGAAACUGAUUCUGAAGUUCUUGUUGAAAAAAUUGAUGAUAUUAAUGAAGAUAACACUUUUAUUACUUUUGAAUAUUGGGAACAAGAGUUAAAUGAGUAA